GCGGGCCCCGCAAAAAGACCAAAGCCUUACCCAAACACCAAACCUCACUCUCCGGUCUCCGCCCCAUCAAAUCAUCACUGCCCCCUCCUCUUCGUUUCCUAAUUCCCUUCCAAUUCGAAUUCCAAAACCCUAAUUUAUCACCCAAUGCCCUCUUAAUUCUGUGCCCUAAUCCUCUUAUUUCUCACUCCCAUCCUCAAUUCAGUUCAAUGGAUGACGAUACGUCGUCGUUCUCCGACCACAAGCUCUGCGGCUUCCUCUGCGCCGUUCUCACUGUCACUUCCUCCCCGGACCCCCGCCAAACCCCACCAUUCGGCACCCGCUUCCGAAUUUCCCAAUCCGACGUCAAUUUCACUUCCCCAAACGGCGUCGUCCUCUCCCCCGUGGACUCAAUUCCCUCCGCCGAUGUCAUCCCGGUUCAGGACUCCAAGCAAUGCGAGGUUCCGGUUCGGGAAUUGGGGAGGAAGAGGAGGAACCCGGAGGCGGGGUUGAAGAAUGUUGGGAUAAGGAGGAGCAGGAGGAGCAUCGGGCUGGUGCACGGGAGCAUUAGCGUGGUGCACCAGCUCCACGCAUUGGUUGUGAACAAGUGCUUGAUGAUCGAUGCUCGAUUGGUUCGGGUUGAGGCUGGAGUCAGUGGAGAGGUCAGGGCUGUGGUGCUGAUCGAUGUCUAUCUCCCAAUUGCAUUGCUGGCUGGCUGGCAGUUCCCGAGAUCCGGCUCCAUUGCUGGAGCUCUGUUUCGACAUUUGAGUUCUGACUGGGGAGAGAGAAGCGCAAUGCUCAACAGCGGAGAUUAUCUUGAAAAUACUUUAGAAGCUAACAGAAGCAUGUGGAAUCUUUCAGAUUGUCACGUUUUUGUUUGCAAGCUGCAUCAUAAUUUCAUGGAUACUUCAAAGAAAAGGCUAUUUGAACUUCACGAAAUUUUUAAGAGCUUACCUAGUGUUGCAAAAACAGGAAAAGCUGGUUCUUCUAGAAUACAAUCCUGUGACGACUCUUGCAGAUCUGGUAUUUGUGAGAUAUCUGAUGACAUUUUACUUAAUAUUCUAGCUGCACUUAACCCAACUGACCUUGUUAGGGUGUCUGCAACCUGCUGCCAUCUGAGACUGUUGGCCGUCUCAAUCAUGCCAUGCAUGAAACUUAAACUUUUUCCUCAUCAGCAGGCAGCAGUAGAGUGGAUGCUACAGCGUGAGAGAAAUGCUGACAUCCUGCCACAUCCCUUGUACUCGUCUUUCUCAACUGAAGAUGGAUUUUCUUUCUACAUAAACACCAUCUCUGGGAAAAUAGACACUGGGGUAGCUCCCACUGUGAAUGAUUUUCAUGGGGGAAUGUUCUGUGAUGAGCCCGGAUUAGGCAAGACUAUAACUGCUCUUUCCCUUAUUCUAAAGACACAGGGAGCACUGGCAAAUCCACCAGACAGGGUACAUGUUAACUGGUGUACACAUAAUGGAGACCCAAGAAGUGGUUAUUAUGAGCUUAAUGGUGAUUAUGUUGCUGACAGGAGGAUGCUCAUGGAAAAGAGGGACAGCGGUCAGAAUUCUCAAAAUUAUAUUUGGGAUUCCAAAUACCAACGAUCCAAAAGAGCCAGGCUAGUUCUUCAUGAUGAGAAAAUUACAGGAUUUAAUAAUUCAUGUCCUGGACCUUAUGGUAAAGGAAUGGAAACACCAGCAGCUGCAUACUCCGAUCCAGCAGUGGGUGGGGUUCGAAGCACCAGGAGCUUGAGCAGCAUCAGUAAAAAUCUUUUUCCCACAUUUGAAGGUGCAUCUAGCAAUGCGAGCAAAUGUACUAGGAAAAGGAGGCCUAGGAAGGUUAAGGCAGAUAAGUAUGAUUAUAAGGACUCCUGGGUUCAGUGUGAUGCUUGCUGCAAGUGGCGGAAGCUUCCAGCUAGUAUUGCUGAUGCUAGUGAAGCAUGGUUUUGUAGCAUGAAUGCUGAUCCUUUCUACCAAAGUUGUAGCGUUCCUGAAGAAGCCUGGGAUAAUUGCCUUCCAAUAACACAUUUACUAGGAUUUUGCACAAAAGGAACCAUUGGAGGAGAGGAACAAAACGUUCGUUUCUUCGUUAGUGUGCUUAAAGAGCAUUAUGCGUUGAUAAAUUCCAUAGCAAAGAAAUCCUUAAUUUGGUUGACUAACCUUUCUCCUGACAAGCUCUCGGCAAUGGAGACAAAUGGUUUGCGAAGUCCUUUCAUGAUCACUUGCGUGGCGCCUGGUGAAGAUGCCCAUGGGUUUCAAAAAAUAUUUCAAGCAUUUGGUCUCAAAAGAAGAGUAGAAAAGGGUGUUAGCAGGUGGUUUUACCCACGAAAUCUUGACAGUAUGAGUUUUGACGUUGCUGCUCUCAAAAUUGCUCUUUGUUCACCUUUGGAUUCAGUCAGGCUGUAUCUUUCUAGGGCAACCCUAAUUGUUGUUCCAUCAAAUUUAGUUGAUCAUUGGAACACUCAAAUUCAGAAGCAUGUAAGGCCUGGUCAGCUACGAGUUUACGUUUGGAAUGAUCAUAGGAAGCCUUCUGCACACAGUCUGGCUUGGGACUAUGAUGUUGUCAUAACCACAUUCAACCGUUUAAGUGCAGAGUGGGGCCCUCGGAAGAAAAGUGCAAUGAUGCAAGUGCACUGGCUUAGAGUCAUGCUAGAUGAGGGGCACACCCUUGGCUCAAGUCUUAGCUUGACAAACAAAAUGCAGAUGGCAGUUUCAUUGAUGGCUUCAAACCGUUGGAUAUUGACUGGAACUCCAACUCCUAAUACACCCAACAGUCAACUCUCACAUCUUCAACCAUUGCUCAAGUUCCUUCACGAGGAAGCUUAUGGGCAGAAUCAUAAAUCAUGGGAAGCUGGGAUUCUUAGGCCUUUUGAAGCAAAGAUGGAAGAAGGACGAUCACGUUUGUUGCAUUUACUGCAUAGGUGCAUGAUUAGUGCAAGAAAGGUAGAUUUGCUGGCUAUCCCACCCUGCAUCAAGAAAGUUACUUAUCUUGAUUUUACCGAGGAACAUGCUAGAAGUUACAACGAAUUGGUAGUUACAGUGCAGCGUAAUAUAUUAAUGGCUGACUGGAACGAUCCUUCUCAUGUUGAGAGUCUUUUGAAUCCAAAGCAAUGGAAGUUUCGAAGUGCAACUAUUGGAAAUGUCAGGCUAUCGUGCUGUGUGGCUGGGCAUAUAAAAGUAACAGAAGCUGGUGAAGAUAUUCAGGAAACGAUGGAUAUUCUAGUUGAGAAUGGUCUAGAUCCCAUGUCAGAGGAGUAUGCUUAUAUAAAAUAUUAUCUCGUUUACGGCGGCAACUGUGUGAGGUGCAAGGAAUGGUGUCGGUUACCUGUCAUUACGCCAUGUAGGCAUCUUUUAUGCCUCGAUUGUGUUGCUUUGGACAGUGAACGGUGUACAUUUCCUGGUUGUGGCAAUUUAUAUGAGAUGCAAACUCCUGAUGAAUUAGCUCGACCAGAAAAUCCCAAUCCAAAAUGGCCUGUUCCUAAAGAUCUUAUUGAGCUACAGCCCUCAUAUAAACAGGAUAACUGGGAUCCUGAUUGGCAGUCAACAUCUAGCAGUAAAGUCGCCUAUAUUGUAGAGAAAUUGAAAGCAUUGCAGGAAGCUAACAGCAAAUUUUUUUGCCCUCCAGAUUACAACGAUAAUUCCUUGCACACUGAAAAUUUACUGUCUGAGAUAAGCGAUUCAAAAGGAUCAAUGCAAAUCCAUGACUUUAAAAUGAGCACCAAGACUCAAGAUACAAACUUGGAAAAAGUUUUGGUAUUUUCUCAAUUUCUUGAGCAUAUACAUGUUAUUGAACAGCAGUUGGCGAUUGCUGGUAUUAAAUAUGCUGGGAUGUAUAGCCCAUUGCAUGCUAGCAACAAGUUGAAGUCAUUGGCCAUGUUCCAGCAUGAUCCUAGUUGCACAGUUCUUUUGAUGGAUGGAAGUGCUGCAUUGGGCCUCGAUUUGAGCUUUGUGACACAUGUAUUUUUAAUGGAACCAAUAUGGGACAGGAGCAUGGAGGAACAAGUUGUUAGUCGUGCUCAUCGUAUGGGUGCUACUCGUCCAAUACACGUGGAAACUCUAGCAAUGCGUGGUACAAUUGAAGAGCAAAUGCUGGAGUUCUUACAGGAUGCUGAUGAGUGCAGAAGAUUUUUGAAGGAAGAGGCUGGAAAAUCUGAACCUAUAGGGGCACGAACUCAGCGUUCACUACAUGAUUUUGCCGAGAGCAAUUAUCUGUCUCAUCUUAGCUUUGUGCGGACAAAUUCAAAGAUGUAAAAGGAAUGUGACCAUCUUGUACAUGCCAUCAAUAACAUUUUAGCAUUUGAAUCACGACCAUUUUUGCUGGUAUCGUCUUGCCAACGCUGGUUUCUUUUCAAGCAGUACAAAAAUUGAACUGGCUUACAAAUCCUAGGACCGGGUUAUGUGGGCACGCGACCUCUUAGGAACAAGUUGCUACUCUGGCUUUUUGCAGACUUGGCUUAGGAGCAUCCUGUCAUUAUGUGUAUAUAUAAAGUAUGUAUUUAUUUAUUUCUCAAUUGUAGCAUUGUAUCAUGGCUUAAAUGUCAAAAUGGUCAUGUGUUAUAGCCAUUCAAUCAAUUUAGCUUCGUGUUGUCAA